UAAGAGGGGAUCUGACAAGUGUGAGCGAUUUCAUUUUUUAAAAACGGUAAUGUUAAUCACUAACUUCUCUCGCAUCCAGUCGCAGGAUGAGCAUGUAAUGGCAGAAACUUGGCUUGAUGACUUGCUGACGACCGCAGUGAUUAUGGAGGUUAAAUCAAGGAAGAUGAUCAGCCGAAUUAAACGCGAUAGGACACAGAUCAUCCCAGAUUUGAAUAAUGAGUGAUCAAUAUUAAAUUUAAUCUUUUUUUGUUGUUGUUGUUGUUUUGGCCAAAAGUCCUCAAGUCAGUAUAAUCAACAAUAAUCCCCUCGAUUUUACUGGUUGAAACAUGGAAUGCUUGUGCAAAUCCCAGACUGUUUUCACACCGAGUUGUUUCCCAAGGAAACAUCUAUUAUCCUAUUAUCACGAAGAUGCCAAUGUCGCCGAUGUGUGAGGAAGUAUUUACAUGACUAUAUACCAUCAGCUCCUGAAAGACUUUAUGGCUUUGUAGUCACAUUCUUUCCCACUGGGACGCUGGUGCCAUUUCCCAAAUGUUUCCAACUACACAUGAGGCCUCAGGGCGCCAUUCAGCACUGUGUUACCUGGACGUCAUGUCAUGUGUCUUAGUUCAAGUUACGUUGGUGGCCUCUUCAAACCCCAUGAUAAUAAAUCACUUAUAGUAUUAUAUCAAUGUAAUAAACAUUAUUACGCAUAAUGUUGUUCGCCUAUUUGUCUCCUGGCAUUAUUUUAAUAUCCUUAACUUUACGCAUAUUUAAAAUGAAAUGCUUAUUUGGUUUAAGUUUUGUUCAUCAUCUGAGAUGAUGUCUACUGAUUUAAUUCUCUGCAUAUGAUUCAAUUCGUGGGGAAAGUGUGUGGGGAUUAAAGCCUGGGAACGACAGGUGAAUGAAUGGAUGAGGGGCUGUUCAGCUCUGCGUCACGUCUUUGAAGUGCAAUAACGCGCCGACGGCUCCUAUUUGUCAAUAGGACCCGGCAAUCAAUGUCGUCGUUGACGCGUUUUCACAGCGGACCGUUACCUGCGGGACGAAUCUGUCAAUCAAAGGGUCAAGACCAUAUAAAUAUCAUCAGCGCAGGAGUCUGGCUACGACUUCAGUUGCCUCUUCUCUCGGCUCUCAUAUCUAGGAUACGAACAUACAGGGUCUCCGUUUGGAAUACAGCCGCUAUGGGACCUCUGGAUCUCCUCAUGGUCAUGUCCAUGUGCUGCUGUGUUCACUUUGCAUCAGCUUGGACGGUGAAUAACUUCCUCAUGACUGGACCUAAGGCUUUUCUGACCUACGCCAGCAGCGUGCAAAGGGGCGCACAGAGCGGGAUACACGAGUGUAAACACCAGUUCGCGUGGGAGAGGUGGAACUGCCCAGAGAACACGCUCCAGUUAUCCACACACAACGGCCUCCGAUCGGCCACAAGGGAGACUUCUUUUGUACACGCCAUCAGCGCGGCCGGAGUGAUGUACACGCUCACCAAGAACUGCAGCAUGGGAGACUUUGACAACUGCGGCUGCGAUGACUCCAGAAUCGGACAGACAGGUGGCAGAGGAUGGAUCUGGGGAGGCUGCAGUGACAACGUGGCGUUUGGAGAGAAGAUCUCCAAACAGUUUGUGGACGCGCUCGAAGGUGGCCACGAUUCACGCGCAGCAGUCAACCUGCACAACAAUGAGGCUGGCAGACUGGCAAUCAAAGCUACCAUGAGGAGAGCCUGCAAGUGCCACGGAGUGUCUGGGAGCUGCAGCAUCCAAACCUGCUGGAUGCAGCUGGCCGACUUCAGAGAGGUGGGCAACUACCUGAAGAUGAAGUACGAACACGCGAAGAAACUGGAGAUGGACAAGAGGCCGGUGAGGGCCGGGAACAGCGCGGACAACAGGGGAGCCAUAGCGCACACUUUCCGGAGCAUCGCUCGGACGGAGCUCAUUUACUUGGAGGACUCCCCGGAUUACUGCGUCAAGAACCAGAGCCUGGAGUACCAGGGCACGGAGGGGCGCGAGUGUCUGAAGGGCAGCAAGAACAUGUCUCAGUGGGAGCGGAAGAGCUGCCGCAGGCUGUGCUACGAGUGCGGCCUCAGGGUGGUGGAGAAGCGCAUCGAGGUCGUCAGCAGCUGCAACUGCAAAUUCCACUGGUGCUGCACGGUGAAGUGCGACAGAUGCACGCAGGUUGUUACCAAAUACUACUGCGCGCGGAGAGACGGCGGGAGGAAACCGCAAAAUAAAACGAAGCGCAGGCACCGCGGGCGCCGGCACUGAUGGAGCAUCCCAGUGACUUUAACAUCAUGUUAAUGGACGCAAAACUAUUCCAUCACCCGGAGACUUUUAAUGCACUUUAGCUUUCUGAUUUGAUUCUGCGCGCGAAUCAGAUUUCGUGGUUUGAGGGGCCAAACUCUCCACACACGCUCACUCGUUUAUCUUGGUCUAAUUUGUUGAGUUUGUCUUCUGUGAAGUCUGAAAGUUGUCUAAUAUUUUAUGUGUACUUUGUAUUUGAAAGUCUUAAUAAAUAUUUUUCUACACUAUGCAUGACUCUGUCUGAUUCGUCAGGAGCUAUGCAUUCUCAUUAGGUUAUUUGUAUAUUGGUGUCUGGUGUCAUAGAGCCU